ACCUUGAACUUCCCUCCGAUAGUAAGAUGUCCAUGUGGCCGAGCGAGUUUUCGAUUAUUUUAUCAUAUUUAUAUUGUUCGGAGUUUCAUAUACGAAGGUUAAUGUGUUUAGAAAAAUUUAGACAUUAUCAAAGUGUAAAUUCUUUUAGAAAAUAAUGCCGAAGGGACGUAAAAGGGGAGGCCAAAAGCCUACCGAAGUGCGUGCCACCCCAAGUGAUGAGGAGUAUGACACGGCAGACAACUGGAGUACAGCCAGUGUGUUGUCAGAGGACCAGCCCGACAGCAUUCCCGAAAAUGAGAGGGAUGAAGUUGAUGAGACUGCAAGUCAGGAGAAUUUUGAAGAAAAACUGAAAGACGCAAUAGAGGGCCUGUCUCAAAAAAGUGCAGAGGGAAGGAAGACGUGUCUGGAGAGCAUCAAUAAAGCCUUCUCCAAGAAAUACCUGUUUGAAUUUCUUGCUGAUAGGAAGGUGACAGUGGCUGACGCUAUAAUCCGCUGUCUGCGUAAGGGCAAGGGUGAGGAGCAGGCGCUGGCUGCCCGUUGUGUGGCGCUGUUGUGUAUCCAGCUGGGUCAGGACGCUGCGGAACUGCUCACGGACGCCAGGCCCGUGCUGCUCACGCUGAUGAAUGACACGGCAGCGUCGCUUAAAGCACGCGGGGAGAGUGCGAUAGCAGUGGCCAUGUGUACUUUCAUCACUUGUGUAGAACUUGAGGAUGCAACUGACACGAUGGAGAACCUAGAGAACGUGUUCAAGCUCUCGUUCAGAAAGGGUGACAAGUCCGUGCCUACGCACAGCCCAGAGACCAGCCGUCUCCAUAGUAAUGCUCUCACGGCCUGGUGUCUGCUCAUGUCUGUAGCGCCGCAGUAUCUGGUCGACGCAAUGGUCGUCAAAUACCUGUCCAAGUUUCCAGACAUGCUUGAGAGCCAGGAUGUGGAGCUUCGUAUUGUGGCAGGGGAGACCAUCGCAUUGUUCUAUGAGCUGGGGAGAGAGGAGGAUGAGGAGUUUCAGUCUGCCAGCAUGGUGAACCUGUGUGAGACCAUCAAGAGACUGUCAGUCGAGUCUCACAAGUACGUCGCCAAGAAAGACCGCAGACAACAGAAGUCCAGCUUUAGAGACAUACUACGAGCAGUCGAGGAGGGUGAGGCCCCAGAAAUGCUGGUCAAGUUUGCAAAAGAAUCUCUGCAGAUCUACACAUGGGUGAAGAAGAUGCAGUACAGUGCAUUCUGUCAGGCCAUCGGCUCUGGGGUCUACGAACAUUUACAGUGGAACCCACUGGUGCGUGACGUGUUUGAUCUCGGAGCUCCCCUCCUAGCAACAGGUGUCCCUAGCAACAAACCCACUAAGUGGGAGAGGACAAUGUACAAUGCUGCUGCCUACAAAGCUCGAACGAAGGCGCGUUCAAAGCACCGCGACAAGCGAUCUGUGAUUGUGUCCGGAGGUGAUUAGACACACAGAAACACCUGAAUUCAUCUCAAGAAACUCGCAUGGAGGAUUUGUUCUUCCUAAUGAAGUUUCUCAUAAGCCUAGCUGAACCGUUUGUUAAUUACAUCAAAAACCUUUAUUUCAUCUUAUUUUUGUUUGGACAUUAUUAAAUUCUGUAUUCAACCAGGAAAACUGGAACAUAUCAAUCAAAAGUAAACCACUAUUAAGCAUUGCACUAUCAUUAAAAAUUGCUAAUUUGAAAUCUAAAGCAUUAUUGUUUAAUAACAAAGGUAUGAAAAUUUUAAUAAAUCAUGUCAAUAGAUCCUUGUGUAUUUACUUACACAAAUUCAGUUUUUAAUUCUGGUUGAAUAAAAUAUGAGUGUUUUGAAACAAAUUGAUUGUCUGGAUGAAAGACGAUAAUUUUUAAUGUGCACCAUAUAAAAGGAAUAUAUUGUGCGUGUGUUUUGGUCAGUGAGUUGAACAUCAAAUGUUAUUUAUUGUAUGUAUGUAAUUUUGGUUUUACGGUUUUAAUGAGUGAGAACAAUUGUGCAAAAAAAAUGCUUGUAUAUAGUCAUGUAUAUAUGCUUUUUAAAAAGUAUAAUCAGUUUGUAUGCAUGUUUUGUAAUACAUGCAGUGAUACCUGUUUAGUUUUUGUGUGCAUGAUCACAAUCAUUAAUCUUCUAGGAUGUGCUCUAUUUAAAAUAUUGCACGUGUCUUUUGCUAGCGAUGUUGUGAUUUUAAGUAUCAUGAAUUUGUUAACCUGACUAUUACUGAAUGAUUAUUUGUAAACUGUUUGCAAUAUUAAAUAAUAUGACCUACAUUUUAUUAUCCCCUACCGGUUACACCGGAGGGGACUUAUGGUUUGCGCUCUGUGUGUCUGUCACACUUUUCUGGAUCCUGCGAUAACAUUAAAAAGUCUUCAUAUUUAUUCGUGAAACUUAAAAAAUGGACAGCUGGCAAUAUGGAGAUUAUGCACGUCAUUUCUUUUUGUUCCUACGUCAAAAAUUCUGGUUGCUAUGGCAACAAAUAUAUAUAUAUAAAUGUGACAAUGGUGGAGCCGGUAGGGGACAUAUAUUGCUUGGCAAAAGUCUUGUUAAAUAUGUGCAAAUAUCAAAUACAUGUAAUACACCAAACAACAAGGUAGUUUCUUGAAAAGUUUAAUUGCUUUGAAUGUUGUUAAAUAUACAAUAAAGUUGCAUAGUAUAACACUUUAGAGAGCUUUCUGAAAAGAAAACUUAACUUUUUUAGAUUUAUUUUGCUGCCAAGCAAAACAUUGUUAAUGCAAAUCAAAGAGAUUAUUUCCUUUGCAAAUCUUUUGUUCCUGUCUUACACCCAAUGGUGUUGUUUUAUUUUCUUGUUUCUUUUCAACUUUGUUUAUGUUGCAAAGUUUUAUUUUGAAUGUUUAUGUAUUAUUAGUCGUUAAAGGUCUCAAAACCAUAUGAUAUUUGUGUUUGCUUACCAUAAAAACAAACUUAAAUGAAUAUGAACAAUAUCAGACUCUGAAUUUUCUAAGUUAUAGUUGGUCUGAAUAAUUCUGUGGAGAAAGCUAAACUGUCUUUACAUCUAUAGCCCAUGUGAUUAAAAAGCUGUUGACUUGUAUAAGUUGUUUUUCACAUUUAAAUAUUUUUUAUUCUUGAAACCGUGACACUAAUCUAGUUUUGGGCUGUUUCAGUUUUAUAUAUUAUGAUCAGAUAUAGUAUUUUUAUUAGACUUCAACAAUUCGCCUUUUAUAAACCAAGAAGAUUUUUGUAGUGUGCUCCCAGCGGUAAGCUCCAUAUAGUUGUCACAACCUGAUUGGACGAUAAUAUCAGCUUUGGCUAAGUUUGAGGAAAUUCAUACUCCUGAUGCCUGCUUAUUAAGUAUAAUUGGUGACAAGUGUUAGCAAUUUACUUUACAUGAAAUCUAUGCAAUCUCUUUUUCUGAUGAUAUGUCACUUAAUCUUUGAGUAAAAUUAUCAUACAGUCCACUCUCGUUAUCUCAAAGUCGGCGGGAACAAGAAAAAAUAUCGAGAUAACGAGAGUUCGAGAUAUCCGAUUAGGCGUUUUCAAAGAAAUAUGAGACUAAAAAUUUACCUUGUUUUUAACAUCUGAAUACCAGCUAAGAGGUCUAACUAAUGCCGUCACCGUGUGGAAUAAUACUCUCUACCUGAUAUAUACGCGUUUUUACGAGGCACGAUUGAUUUUGCUAUUUAAAUGCUUAAAAUGACGUUUUAAGUAUAACAUAAUUGCAUGCGGUUAUAAUAUUUUUAAACUGUCGAGAAAACAUCCGGUACUGUUGCUAUUUAAAGUUAUGAUGCAAUUGACGUCCAAUCAAGACGAGGGUUUUCCAUCUGAUCAUACGUAAAUCACGUUCCGGAAAACUGAACUGUAACUGUACAUUUUGUAGUUGGAAAUGCAAAGUUCAAUCGAUUAUAAGUAAAAAUAUAACUCGAUGCAUUUUGGAAUAUUGUUUGUAAAAACAAUUAGUAUUUCGGCCUUUCGGCAGGCUGUGUAUUAAUUGCAGUUAAUUGAUGUUACAGCGACAGUUAAAGUGACAGACCUUACUCAAGUGUUAAUGGCUAACGACAUUACACACGUGUGAUUAUUGAUGCAAUUAACGGAUCAAUUUCCUACCGUACAGUAUCGGGAGCAGCAGGGCGAAGCGGAACGGUGAAGUAUCAAAGGAAAAAUUUCUCACCUUUUGCUGACACUGGAACAGUUAUUCGCACUUCGAGAUAGACCACAGUAAAUACAUGUAAAAUCGGGACUCGGGACAAAGUUUUAUAUCGAGAUAUCGAAUUAUUCGACAUAACGAAAAUCGACAUAUGCGAUGUUUAUUUAUAUAGAUAAAGAAGGAAAAAAGUUGGGACAUUGAGCUUACUUCCACAUAUCGAGAAUAUCGAGAUAUCCGAUGUCGAGAUAACGAGAGUGGACUGUAUUGAAAUUAGUUGCUUCGGUCAUUCUGUCAUGUAAUUUUUUGUCCCCUACGGGUGAAACCGGAGGGGACUUAUGGUUUGCGCUCUGUCCGUCAGUCUGUCAGUCAGUCUGUCACACUUUUCUGGAUCCUGCAAUAACUUUAAAAGUUCUUCAUAUUUUUUAUGUCCCCCACGAUAGUAGUGGGGGACAUAUUGUUUUUGCCCUGUCUGUAUGUCUGUCUGUCUGUUUGCGCCAACUUUAACAUUUUGCAAUAACUUUUGCUAUAUUGAAGAUAGCAACUUCAUAUUUGGCAUGCAUGUGUAUCUCAUGAAGCUGCACAUUUUGAGUGGUGAAAGGUCAAGGUCAUCCUUCAAGGUCAGAGGUCAAAUAUAUGUGGCCAAAAUCGCUCAUUUUAUGAAUACUUUUGCAAUAUUGAAGAUAGAAACUUGAUAUUUGGCAUGCAUGUGUAUCUCGUGGAGCUGCACAUUUUGAGUGGUGAAAGGUCAAGGUCAUCCUUCAAGGUCAGAGGUCAAUUAUAUGUGGCCAAAAUCGCUCAUUUUAUGAAUACUUUUGUAAUAUUGAAGAUAGCAACUUGAUAUUUGGCAUGCAUGUGCAUCUCAUGGAGCUGCUCAUUUUGAGUGGUGAAAGGUCAAGGUCAGAGGUCAAAUAUAUGUGGCCCAAAUCGCUUAUUUUAUGAAUACUUUUGCAAUAUUGAAGAUAGCAACUUGAUAUUUGGCAUGCAUGUGUAUCUCAUGGAGCUGCACAUUUUGAGUGGUGAAAGGUCAAGGUCAUCCUUCACAAGGUCAAGGUCAUCCUACAAUGUCAAACAUCAUAUAGGGGGACAUUGUGUUUCACAAACACAUCUUGUUUAUGAAACUUGAAACAUGGAUAGAUGGCAAUAAGAAUAUUAUGCAUGUCAUUUCAUUUUGUUCCUACGCGAAGAAUUCCGGUUGCUAUGGAAACAAAUAAAAUAAAAUAAAAUUAAAAAAUAAAACAAAUCUGACAAUCGUGGGGUUUCAACGGUAGGGGACAAUAUUGCUUAGCUAUCUCUUGUUCAUUCUUUGAUUGUUAGGGCUUAUGGUCAGCUAUAACCUUGUGUAUUGUACAAAAAAGCCUUGCUCUGGGAAAACGGGGUUUAAUGCACUGCACAGGCUAAUCUGAGACAACACUACACUGCCCAGGCUAAUCUGAGACAACACUACACUGCACAGGCUAAUCUGAGACAACACUACACUGCACAGGCUAAUCUGAGACAACACUACUACACUGCACAGGCUAAUCUGAGACAAUACUAUGCACAUGUAUUAAGCCUCGUUUUCACAGAGCAAGACUCGAAUACUUGACUCCUCGUCCUCAGUUCAAGCUGUGAUAGUUCCAAGUUUACCUAUACAAUUUCAAGUGUGAACCUCAAAAUAAUCAAAUCAAUCUGUUAAGCCUCAGUUGUUGUAUGCCUGUGACUUUUGUUGUUAUCAUAAUUAUGAAUUUGGAAACUUGAAUUUUUUAUACCCGGCAUAUCUGGCAUAUGGUGGAUCACUUAGUCCAGGAAUUGUGAUUUAUAUGGAACAGGCGUAGAACUUAUUGCUUAGCAAAACUUGCAAAAUACCUCUUUCUUGUUGAUAUACUUUCUUUUAAGUCUUGUUAUUUUCAGGAUUUAAUAAAAUAAAUAUUUCUAGAGCAAAAUAUAAAUAAUAACGUAUUAAAAAUAUUUUGUGGAAGUUACUGAGUCAAUUUGAUUCACUUGAAAAUAAAAUCUUAUUAGAUGGAUUUCACUGGCCUUAAAUUUUGAUAAAGUUAAAAAUAAUUGCAUUUACCUAAAACUUAUAAUCUUAUUUUAUAUAUAGAUUUUUUUGUCUUCUGACAGUAUUUUAUCUUUCAUUAUAAAAUAGGUGAUUACAUUUCUUGUAAAUAAUUAUGUUGUAUAGGCAUUUAAUGUGGUAUGCAAGGCUUAUGUUCUUGACAAUUGUUGAUUUUAUGGUACUUAAGAAACUCCCAAUAAAAAGCAUUGAUGUAAA